AUGCGGGAUUUGUUGCGUUUUGUGGACCCUAAUAGUGAAAUGAAGACGUUUGGUGGUAAAACAGUUGUUCUGGGUGGAGAUUUCCGCCAAAUUCUUCCAGUAGUUCCAAAAGGUACACGGCAAGACAUUGUUUCUUCCGCCAUAAAUUCAUCAUAUCUAUGGGAUAGUUGCAAAGUUUUAAGGUUGACUAAAAACCUCAAAACAAGUUCGGUACACAACGGUGUGAACUGGCAGGCAUUACAAGAGUUUGCUAACUGGAUUGCCAAUAUCGGCGAUGGAAAGCUGGGUGGGCGGAAUGACGGAUUCACAGAGGUUGAAAUACCUAAUCACAUGUUAGUAUCAUCCGGGGGGGACGACAUUAAAGCAAUUGUGGAAAGUACAUUUCUAAUGUUUGCAAAUGGAAACACUGACCCCGAGCAUCUGAUAGGUCGUGCUAUACUAGCACCAACGCUCGACGUGGUCAACGCAGUUAAUGAAUAUAUGACUGAGUUGCAUAAUGCCGAAAGCAGGUCAUACUAUAGUUCAGACGCAGUAUGCAAAGCCGACGGCGAUAAUGGUAUACUUGGAGAUGUACACACACCGGAAUUUCUGAACAGCAUUCGCGUGUCGGCUCUACCAAAUCAUACACUGAAUUUGAAAACCGGCUCACCAGUAAUGUUAAUGAGAAAAAUUGAUCAUUCUCUUGGGUUGUGCAAUGGAACUCGGUUGAUAAUCACAAAGUUAGCAGACCAUGUUAUUGAAGGCGAGCUUCUCAUUAGUCCCAACAAAGGUACAAAAGUGUUAAUCCCCCGAAUGUCAAUGUCACCCUCGGAUCCAAGAUUGCCGUUCAAGUUUCAACGAAGGCAAUUCCCAUUGAUGCUUUCAUAUGCAAUGACCAUAAACAAAAGUCAAGGCCAAACGUUGACUCAUGUAGGUUUAAUACUAAAGAAACCGGUUUUUGUACACGGUCAGUUGUACGUAGCUGCAUCUCGGGUUAAUAAUCCAGACGGUCUCAAAAUAUUGAUUGUAAAAGACUCAAGUUCAACUACUACAUCAACCACUAAUGUUGUAUAUCAUGAAGUUUUCAAUAAUUUGUAA